AUGGCUACACUGAAAAAACAAGCUAUCUUACGCUACCUGGCCACGACGUAUACAAAUUUUGCUGGCUACGGCAAUACCGCCAGGGAGCGCGCAUUGUGUGAGUCCAUCAUCAGCUGGGCAAGCAGCGAGCUCCACAGAGUGGUUGGAUACUAUUACACAUAUCCACAAUUCCUGGAUCGCUUCCGGUUGCCGUCUGACUCUGCAAACGAGGCUCUCAUCGAAGCCGGGAUAAAAGGGAUGACAAAACACCUGGAGACUUUAGAGAAACGCUAUCUCCAGAAAUCACCGUACCUUGUCGGUGACGAAAUCACAGUGGCAGACACCGUGGUUGCCACCAUUUUAUGCCAGGCCGAGUGGGUGGGCUUUAAAUUCAAAAUAUGGCCCAGGGUGAACCAAUGGCUUGAUAACGUAAAACAGCAAGAAUUCUGGGACCGUGUCCACGACGCACAUUACCAGUUUCUGAGAGAACUGGAGCAAGAAGUCCCACAGUUCGACUAGGGUGCUAAUCAGAGAGGCUUAGCUUUAUGUGUAGAACUGUUUAUUACGUGUUUAUUGUUUCGUCGCUUUUGUCUUGCAUAAUACGUUGUUUCAGUUUUAACCUGCGGCGCAGGUCUGCAGGUCGGAUAUAAUAGUGUUUUAACAUUUUUCCAAAUCGAGGCUAUUUCCGCCAAAGGCUCCCUUAGGUCGGACCUUGAGUUUUUCCUUUAGUUUACUAGCAGAAACACGCAACGGACACUGCGCUUUCAUUCUCAACAACUU